AUGCAGCAGAGUCGCUGAGGAAGGCUGGAGCGGAGCAGUGGCUUCUACGGCGGCAGAGAGGGGUGAAAUAUCCUGUAUUCAGCCUGCUGACAUGCUGCCGGAGAAAGACCCCAAACGGCUAGGGGACAGAGAUCCCAAAGAAGACCCAUCGGUCACUCUUUUCCGGGAAUAUCUAAGAAUCAAGACCGUUCAGCCUGAUCCCGAUUAUGACACGGCUGUGAAGUUCCUGGAGAGGAUAGGUUCUGAACUUGGCCUGCAGUGUCAGAAAGUGGAGGUCUGCCCUGGCCGAGUGAUUACCAUUCUCACCUGGAGAGGCACAAACCCACAACUCUGCUCCAUCCUGUUGAAUUCCCAUACCGAUGUUGUGCCAGUGUUUGAGGAGUACUGGCGCUAUGAUCCUUUUUCUGCCUUCAAGGACUCAGAAGGAAAUAUCUAUGCACGUGGGGCUCAAGAUAUGAAGUGUGUCUCCAUUCAAUACAUAGAGGCCAUCCGGAGACUGAAAGCUGAAGGUAGACACUUUCCACGGACAAUUCAUAUGAGCUUUGUCCCAGAUGAAGAGAUUGGGGGCCACAAGGGGAUGGAAAUGUUUGUGAAGCGACCUGAGUUUGCCACUCUUAAUGUUGGCUUUGCCUUAGACGAAGGUCUAGCAAACCCAACAGACACUUUUACUGUAUUCUAUGGGGAAAAAUGUCCAUGGUGGAUAAAAGUGAAAGUAGAAGGGAACCCAGGACAUGGAUCUAGAUUCAUUGAGAAUACAGCUGCUGAAAAGAUGCACAGAGUCAUCACUUCCUUCCUCGAGUUCAGAGAACGUGAAAAACAAAGAUUGAAGUCAGAGAAGCACCUUACUUUAGGUGACGUCACCUCUCUCAACCUGACCAUGUUAAAUGGGGGCAUCUCCUUCAAUGUGGUCCCAUCUGAGAUGUCAGCAGCCUUUGACAUCCGCAUCCCACCCACGGUUGAUUUAAAGGCAUUUGAGGAGCAGCUGACAUCCUGGUGCCGGGCAGCUGGAGAAGGUGUUACCUAUGAGUUCCACCAGAAAUACACGGAUCAGUCGGUGACCUCCACAGAAGAAUCUGACCCCUGGUGGAAGGCGUUCAGUGGCACCUGCAGGGACAUGCACAUGAAGCUGAAGUGUGAGAUCUUCCCUGCUGCCACAGACAGCCGCUACAUCAGAGCAGCAGGUCUCCCAGCGAUCGGUUUCUCCCCCAUGAACCACACUCCUGUGCUGCUGCAUGACCACAACGAGUUCCUGAAUGAGCAGGUCUUCCUCCAUGGGAUUGAGAUCUAUGCCCACCUCAUCCCUGCACUGGCCAGUGUCCCUCCCCUACCAGCAGAAGCCUAAAGAUAAGGAAGCACAAGGUGGCUGCCUGAGGGGAGAAGGGAACCAAAGAAAGAGGAAUGAAUGAGAAACUAAUGCUGUUGACAUCUUGAUGUGACACAGGACCCUCUUGGGAGGAUGUGGGCCACGGAUGUUGUGGCCGAGGACUAGUGGCUCGCUGAGAUCUGGUGGACCACCAAGAUGGAGUGUGGGAUGCCAGCAUCCCUGAGUGGCACACAAAAGGGGGCAAAGCAUGCUGGAAGCAGCAAACUACACAUCAUAAGUGGGGUUCUGUAGGGUUCUGUUUCCCUGCUCCUCACGUUACACAAUUACUGCAAAAAGAGCACCGCUUCUAGUUUGUCUCACGAAAUCCCACCCUUUUUGAGGGUCAAAGAUUCUUCCUUACAAGUCAGUCCUCAAGCACCAGGUUUGAAAAAUUGAUGCCCUCGCAAGAGAAGCUUGGCAAAGGGCAGUUGGGCUCCCCUUGGUCUCUUUUCCUCAUGGCCCCUCUCCUCAUGAUUCCAGUGCUACAGCCCUCUCAACCUUAUGAUUCUCAUGAGGGGGGAAGUGUCUGUUCCCCACUUGCCAAACCUAGAGAGAGAGAGAGCAAUUGGAGAAGCAGGAUAAGUCCUAACCACUAAGCAUGUUUAAACUCUCCUGGGAAUCUUUCUUUGGGGUCUGUUGGUGUUGACACCUUGUGGCUUUUCUGGGUUUCCCUGUUAACGAGUCAUGUCCUGUGGUCUUAUCCCAAAACUGGUCUGGAAUCCAGGCCACCAUGGGAAAGUCUAAUUUCAGCUUCAUUAUCAUAUGCUUAAUGAAGAUGGGCAAGCCAUCUUCUCUGUUUAUAAUCUUAAUUUUCCUGUCUGCAGAGGGACAUUAAUGAUGAUCCCACUCUUUUUGCUGUAUUGAGAUCCUAGAAUGAAAUGCUGUGAUUCUGAACAAAAACUGAAGAGGAAUUGAAUAAAGAUGCCUGAUGAUCCAGCGUGAAGAGAGCAAAGCAGAUAUUAGGGGUGGGGUUGAUAAUAAUUAAUAUGGCCCUACUGAGAGCCGGCUUACUUACUCCUUCCCUUCACCGAGGGGAGAGGGGGGAGGAGGUCUCCAUGAAUUUUAACUUAAUGAGACUUAUUAGUAGAGAUGCUGCCUUAAUUUUCUAUUGAACCUGAAGUCUUAACAAAUGACUGUUGAUUAAUGCCAAACAGAUGUAAACUGAAUGAAAGAGAUUUGGCAGCCAUCUUUUUUUCCCUCACAAGAAUGCUUAUAGGCAAAAUGGGAUAGUCUGAUGCCAUUUCCAUUUGGGCAGUCUGUCCCAGGUUAGAAAAAGAUGCUGCCACUUGAUUUUGAAUGAUAAAUCGACUUCCUCACUCAAACCUUUUUAGACCUUAUCUGAACAUCCCUUCCAGCACACCCAUGCUCAUGGCGAGCAACCGGUAAUCCCUCAAAGGAGUAUUCUGCUCAGCCUUAAAUAAAAUUGUUUCUUCACACUGGAAAGUGAAGUGCUCCUCUAGAUUUUCCAUAUUCCAGUUUUUUUU